CGCUCGCCACCGGCGUCGGCGAGCGCGCGCUGCGCCGCCUCGCCCGCAGCCUCCGCGCCGACCGAGUGGCCUCCGUCGACGCCAGGAUCGCUGUACCGAGGCUCGGCGAGUGCAAACGAUUCGCCGUCACCUCCUAUCCUCACAAGACGCUGAUGUCCCUGGAAGGCUGCGCGGAGCCCGCGCUGGGGUGCUGCAUCCUGCUGCGCGGCGCCAGCACCGCCGAGCUGGCGCGCGUCAAACGCGUCGUCAGGUUCAUGCUGCGAGCCUGCUACAACUGGAAACUGGAAAAAGCGUUCCUCGCCGACGUGGAGGCCAUGCUCCCGGACCCGGGCGCUUUUGAUGAUGAUGUUGAUGAAACCGAAGCUAAAGAUGUUAACCAAUGUAGAGAAGAUAUAGAACAAUUUGCCACUGAUGAUAAUCUGUUUGCUAGUGUGAAUAGUGAUGAUAAAACGAUUGAUGAUGGUGAUGACGUGUUAGCUAAUAAAGAUAAUGUAGCUACUGAUAAAGUUAGUAGGGAUAGCAGAGUGUCCUUUGCUGAUGAUAAAGUUUUAGCAAAUGAGAAAAUCUCAACCACCGAAGAUAAUAAAAGAAAUAAGGAUUCAGUAUCUACUAAUAAAGUAAUAUUAAAUAAUGAAAAUACUCCAGCUUCUGAUGAUAAAGUUUUAGCCACAGAUGAGAAAAUGUCAACUGUUAAAGAUAAUACAGCGAAUAAAGAUUCAGUACCAAAUGAUAAAUCACUAGCCAGUGGUGAUAAAAUCUCAACUGUCAAAGCUGCUGACACAACUAAUAAAGAUUCAGCAUUUGAUGAUAAGGUAUUAGUCAGUGAUGAAAAUAAAACUUCUGAUGAAGUCGUAGAUGAUAAAACAGCCAGUGAGUUCUCAGACCCGCUUCAAACCAAGUUCAGUCGCUCAGAGAGUGAGCGAGCGAGCGGAGUUCCUAUCAGAGACUUUAGUGACCCGCUGCGCGCUGCUGUUGAUGAUGAUGUGUUUUUAGCGGAGGAUAGUCUACAGGCUGACACACACGCGGACAGAUGGUCGACGGACGACACGGUGUUGUCCAUGUCGCCCAACGUGAUCAUCCCCCCGCCGUACCUGGACACGGAGGCGGGGCGGCGCUGCCCGCUGCGGCGCUACCUGCCGCGCGCCGCGCCGCCCGCGCCGCCGCGUCCCCGCCCCGCCGCCCCGCGCCGCCCCAGCCGCCCGAGACACAGCGUCAUGGACCUCAAGGAGCGGCACCCGUUCGUGACGCAGCCGAUCACAGCGACGGCGGAAGAUCCGGCGCUGAAGGCGUCGCUCGCGCACUACCGCGCCACCGGCUGCCAACUUGGCGACAAACACACGCCGGAAUGCCCCAUGUACAAGCCGUCGGUGGUGAAGCCCUCCCCCUCCCCCGCGGCCGCGCCGGCGCCGGCCGCGGCGGGGGAGGGGGAGGGGGAGGCGCGCGACCCGCUGAGCCCGGCGCACCACCAGCAGCUCAGCGUGCUGCUCUACAGCUACAGCUCCAAGUCCAACAACGUGCCCGACUUCUGCGUCAACCCCUGGAUAGUGACAAUGGAGAUGUACGGCCGAAACGACAUCACCCUGGGGGCUUUUCUGGACAAGUACUGCUUCAACAGCGACUCCAAGUGCCCCUCCGGAGGGUGCUCCGUACCCGUCAACCAACAUGUUCGCAGGUUCGUGCACGGCGACGCGUGCCUCACGGUCACCUGCAACAUCAUCCAGCACAGCGCCGUCGACAAGCACAAGGAGGAACACACCAGACAGGUGAUGUUCUGGUCGCGCUGCGAGCAGUGCGGCGCGAGCGGGCGAGCGAGACGGCUGUCCCGCGCGGCGCUCUGUCUCUCUCUGGCCAUGUACCUGCUGGUGCGCGCCACGGCGGCGCGGCAGGUGGCGCGCGCGUGCCGGCACCCGCUGCACGCGCACGCGCACGUGUUCGCGCGACACACGGCCGCGGCGUGCUGCAGGUAUAUGAAGAUAACUCCGUACGAGAUCGAGCUGCCCCCCGACGUGAUCUCCACCCACUACGACACAAGAGCCAUGCGCGACGCACUCAUCGCACAACUCAACGAACUCGUUCUCAAAGGCCACGAGACGCUAAGCGCGGUGGCGGACGCGGGAGCGGAACAGGACUACCAAGCGUUCAAGCACCACACCGAGCAGAUCUCGCUCGCUCUCACACAGGCCAAAGAAAACACCACCACGGCAGGUGUGAUCCGUUCCCUGUGGCGCGUGUCCGACGCCCUGAUCACGGGCGAGCGCAUGUGGCGGGAGGCGCAGGAGGCGUGGGCCUCGCCGGCGCCUAAACCCGCCAAGGCUGUCGACGCCACUGUGGAAGAGAAAUCUGACUUGGAAGAGUCGACAGGAGAAAGCGAGAACUCAGGAACCACUUAUGUGUUCGCAGAGGGGCCCCGAGAGACCCGCGACGAGAAGGACCACCCUGGUGGCGAGGAAGACGAGGAGAAAGGAGACAAGAAAACGGUGCGACAGAUCCUGUCGCAGCUGCUCUCCAAUAAGGAGGCCUCCCAUCAGAACGGAAUCAUAAUCUCACAUGGACUGGUCCCGGUAGUUGUGCAAAUUGGAGAAGUGGGCUCCGUGAUCGCGGCCGCGCUCGCUUCAGUCACCUACCAUCGCUCGCUGCGACUGCAGAGACACAGCACCCAGUCGGAAGCCGACGAAGGUGAAGCCGGAACAGGAAAAGAUCGAGUCGACGGCGACAAGAGUAAGGCCAAGUCCAACGACCACAUCGAGGUUUUACUAAAGGACGGGUUGUUGUGCCGCAUAUACUACGCGCCGCAGUUCCACCGGCUGCGGCACGCGCUGCUCGCGUCGCUCGCCGACCGCGAGCAGCCGCGGGCCGGGGAUGCGCGCUGCUGCGACGACCUCAAGGACAAAGACAAAAGUCUGUGCGAUAUCGAGGAGGGAUUCAUCCGUUCGCUGGCGCACUGCGUGCCCUGGGCGGCCAAGGGCGGGAAAUCAGGAUCAACGUUCUGCAAAACCAAAGAUGACCGCUACGUUCUAAAAGAGAUGACCAAACCGGAGUGGACCCAGUUCCUGGAGUUUGCGCCGCACUACUUCAACUACAUCACCAGCUGUCGCAGCCAACAGCUGCCCAGCCUAUUAGCCCGUAUAGUGGGGGUGUACUCGGUGGGCGGCGCCGGCAACGGCGUGCUGGUGAUGGAGAACGUGUGGUACCGGCGCGCCGGCACGCGCUUCGACCUCAAGGGCUCCUCGCGGCACCGCCUCGCCCAGCCCGCGCCGCUCGCCGUGCUGCUCGACGAGAACCUGCUGCAGCUGCGUUGGCAGCAGCAGCUUUUCGUGGCGUCUCACACCGGACGGGUGCUCUUCUCGUGCAUCGACCGCGACACCGAGUUCCUGGCUUCUAACUCCGUCAUGGACUACUCGUUACUGCUGGGUAUUGAUGGACAGAAGCUGGUGUUAGGAAUUAUUGACUACAUCCGCACAUUCACAUGGGACAAGAAGCUGGAGCACCUAGUGAAGAAGAACCUCGGUUCGGGUCAGCCCACCGUGGUCUCUCCCGACGAGUACAAGUCCCGCUUCCGCAAGGCCAGCCGCAAGUACUUCCUGCGCGCGCCCUCGCCCUGGGACCACCUGCUCUAGACCCUGGAUCCGGACACCAUGCACCUUGUUCAACCACAUAACCUCUCAAACUGGUAGAUGGCCUAAACUAGGAAAAAGGAAGGUUAAAUCAGUGGAUUUCUUUGAGUCGAAAAGUUAUUACUCAAAUCACGCAAAUGAUGCACAUAUGGCAGAUGAGAGGAAAAUAUUUAUAAUUUAUUACAUAGGCUUACAAGUAUAAAAACGGUCGGUUGUACAGUAUGGUUUCCUAUUUUCGUAAGGCCCUGCAUACACAACUUUGUACAUCUAAAUCGCUCCAUGUCUCUGAACGCAUUGCUAGUAGACCUCCAUUUUUCUGUACCCUGCUGAAGGCCCAGAUAUUUAAAGUGCAUAGAAAAUUUAUGAUUAAAUUGUUGUUUUCUUUACUUUUGUAAAAUAUAUUAUAACUUAUUAUUAAAUCUUCAGAAAUUUUAUUAUAAUACAUUAACACAUUCAACACCAAGAACCCGACUGUCGGGUACACUGUUCGUAGCGACUACGCGCUACAUACGACGAAACCGUGGCUACGCGCUACGAGCGUAACCCGUAGCACUUAGUGGUAUUGAAUGUGUUAAGUAAUUAUACUUAGUUACUAUCUCAGGUAUUAUUCUCAUUCCUUUAUUUAUAAUAAUUA